CUGGAUGAUUUUUAUUUUAAAUGAAGAUGAAGUUAAGUAAGAGUGGGGUGAAAUGGAUUAUUCAUUUCUUACAUGUUUUGCAGCAGUUGUACACCAUGACCACGCUGAAGGUUGGAGCCAGGAGUGUACCUGGUGUUACUGCCCCAGAUAAUGUCCACGUCAUCCAGCCCAGGUACACUUUGGCUUCUGGAAUCCAUGCGCAGCCUUCGGUGGUGACCACUUACCCAACCUCAUCAAAAGUGGUCCAGUGUGACGCGGAAAGAGCGAACUUACAGAACCCUCUCAUGGUGCACCAGAACCCAGCAGGAGUGACAGGUGCACAGAGUCAACUCCUGGUGCACCAGUAUCCAGCGGGAACUGCAGGUUUGCAGAUUUCACCCGCAGUGGUCCAGAACUUGCCAAGAAGGACGGAUCCCCAGACCCUGCCCCAGGUCUCUCACAAUCCUCCAAACUUCAUCCCUGGGCCUAUGAACACCUCAAACCAGUUCCAGUGGAACAUGUCAUUUGGAUCAUUCUCCACAUUUGAUCCCAAGAAAUUCAUAAAUGAGGAGGUCAGGACACUGGGGGCCAUUCAGAUCCUCAUCGGCCUGACGCACAUCUUUGCUGGGAUCAAUCCUCUCCUGUAUCAGCCAAUCUUUCUGAAUGGAGCCUCAGCGUACCUGUUCUGGGGAGGACUGUCUUAUGUUGUAUCUGGAUCCCUCUCUGUACAAGCUUCAAAGGACCCCAGCCCAUGUGUGGUGAACAGCAGCGUCGGCACCAACAUCUUCAGCGCAAUCUGCUCUCUGCUUGGGAUCUGCAUUCUCCUUGCAGAUAUGAUCAUAGCUCCCACGGCCUCUAUGAAGGUAUAUUCUGGUAGUGUCUUCCCCUUCGCCCUCCUGGAGUUCUGCCUCACUUGUGUGACCUCACAUUUUGGGUGCCAGGCUAACUGCAGGAACUAUUUUGCGAACAUGACGAUUCCAACCAUAUUUAGUGCCAACCCAGUCAACACAACCAACGGCCCUUACAACGCUACCACGGGCCCUUACAACGCUACCACUGGCCCUGUAAACACUACCAUCAACCCAGUGAACCCUACCACCGGCCCUGUCAACACUACCACCAGCCCUGUCAACACUACCACCGGCCCUGUCAACACUACCACCAGCCCUGUCAACACUACCACCAGCCCUGUCAACACUACCACUGGCUCUGUUAGUGCUACCAGCAGCCCAGCCAACAUUCCCACAGGCUCUGCCAUCCCCACCUACUCCUACAACGCUCCACUGGGAGUAUCGUCUGUACCCUAA